AUGUGGGCUAGACCAUUGAAAAUUAUUCCUCAAAGCACCCAGCGAAUGAUCUGGGCUGGAUACCAUGUCAGUCGGGGAUCUGAUCAUUUGAGCAUUGCCGCCCAAACCAAUGGGUUCGAGCAUAAAUUCACUUUCGAGUGGCUUCGUGAUCAUUGUCGAGAUCCGUCAGUUUAUGAUAGUGACACCCACCAACGUUCCAUAAGUAUUCUUGACAUCAACCCUGAUGUCCAUCCAUUCAAGUUUCAAGUGAUCCAAGGCGCUGAUGACGUUUUAAGCAUUACCUGGAAUGAUGGUCAUGUCUCAACAUACGAUUUGAAAUGGUUGAUCCGACAAUCUGGUCAGGAAAAUCGCAAACAGGCGUUCAAGAGUCCAAUCCAACGAACUCCAUGGAACAUUCCAACCUUACCCCAAUCUUCCCAAACCAACACGGACUUCCAAGAGUUCAUGGACUCGGCCAAAGGUGUCGAGAAGGUGAUUCGAAGCAUCCGUGAGCACGGAUUUGCCAUGGUUGAUGGAGUAGAACCCACUACAAAAGCCACCAAACUCACGGUCGAGCGAAUGGUACCUGUUUCUCAAACCAUUUACGGCGAAAUGUUUGAAUUGCGGAACGAAGAGAAAGAGGAUGUUUCCGAUUCGUCCUACUCAAACGUUGCUUUGGGGGCCCAUACCGACACAACUUACUACAACGAGGCCUUUGGGUUGCAAAUUUUCCAUUGUCUUCAGCCGGCAGCUCGAGGUGGAGCCAAUAUCCUGGUGGAUGGUUUCAAGAUUGCUGAGCUUUUGAAAAAGGCCAACCCGGAUGCGUAUCAGUUCUUUCGAAAGACCCCUUUGGAAGCCGAGUAUAUUCAUUCCCGUUCCGAGCCCCAGGAACAUUACUACAACGUGGAUUACGUGUUCAAGCAUCAUCCCAUCUCGGACGAGUUGGAGCAAUUCCGAUUCAAUGUCUACGAUCGAGCUCCUCACAAGAUGGGCCUGUCCGAGCAAAGGCUCUUCUAUCGAUACUACCGGGAGCUGGCCGCCCUCAUUGUAGAUGAGACCAAUGUGAUGAGAGUGCAACUCCAUCCGGGAACGGUCCUCUUCAUCGACAAUUGGCGUGUUAUGCAUGGUCGGACCGGAUUUCAAGGCCAGCGAAUCAUGAGUGGAUGUUACGUGAACCGCUCGGAUUUUAUUAGCAGGGCCAAAGUUUUCGAUCUGGCUUGAGUAGAGAGAACGAGUACUCUUUUCAUAUAUGACUUGUCACAGCAAUUUAUUGUCGGAAGAGGAUCAUGAUGAUGAGGGGGUGGGGGGGUUAUCGAAAGAAACGAGGUUCGAUGUCGUUGUACUUAGUUGUUCCAACUGUACUUUAGGUUGGAGUUUGUAUUUGGUUGCUCAGCGCCGCUCUUGGCAAAUGUUAUUUUCUUCAAUUUGCGCAUUGCCUUUCUGCGACUUUUGGCUUGGAUAAAAAAAAGCAGUUCAACAUUAUUUUCCCUUUCUCAGUCUCGAAGAAAGCCAUCCAUUCCCGAGCAUAAAUUAAAAAAAUAAUGAUGAGAGCAAGAAGCGAAUUGGUUAGUGUUCUUGUAUUAACCACCUUUCUCCAAUAAAAAUCUGGGAUUCCCAAUUUCCAGG